AUGGCGAGCGGAUCUCUGGAGCUGACCUUGAGGUCUCCAGACGUCGAGAGAGCAAAGCAGAGGUACUCGGUGCCUUUCGAAGGGCUGGAGUUGUUCCACGAGGUCUUGCCGGGUGGAGAGGAUAUGGAGAUGGAGAUCCUGGCGCAGCUCCAGGCUUGGCCCUGGCAGCCAUCGCAGAGUGGGCGCUGGAAGCAGGACUUCGGCCCAAAGGCCAACUUCAAGAAGCAGCAGGUGAAGGUUCCGGAGACCUGGAAGGGCUUCCCAUCCUGGUCCCACCAGCUGCUGUCGAGCCUGCUUUGCAGAUCUGAAACGCUGCAGA